UUCAGCCACAAGCAUGCCUGCGGGACAAAUUCGUAAAUGCACUUUUUUAAGCGUCGGCAAUGGUAGGCGGUGGAUUUUAUUCCACUUCAAUGAUUAGACUGUUUUUCAUCGAUCUAGGGCUUCAAUCAGCAAGCAAAAGCAGCAGAGAAGAAGAAGAGAUUUUAAGAAUUCGACGACUUCUCUAAUUGAAUUAACACGUCAACUUCUAAUAACUGUUAUUUACCUAAACGUGGGUGCCCUACUUAUAGUUCAGUUCGGGAACAUAUAUUUCUUUGAUGUUGAGGUUUCAGAUAAUGGAGGAAACCACCUACAUCUUUUAGUCCCCAUUGGACCAGGAAAAAUAGCCCCACAUGGAGGGUGCUUGUGAUGUGCGCUACAAAUGCCAACUAAGGUUUUCUCCAACGUGUUGGUAACUUUGGUCUUCUGAGGGUAACUUAAGGAGGAAAUUGUCGGAACAUUUCAUUCAACCAAGUGGCUGUGAACUUGUGGUUAGACAAUUAUUCAGUAGGCAGACAUGAACACAGAGUACGUAAAGGUAUUGGAUAAUGGCAGUGGAGUUGUUAAUCUGAAGAGAAAGCAACCGGAUCGAGGCAACAUCCCCAAUCAUGCCAAGCAUAGAAAGGUGGAUGGAUUGGGAAGCAAGUAUUACGGGUGUGCUUUGCCAACUAAGAAAUAUCUGCUUAAGUAUUAUUCUAACUUUAAAAAAAGUGAGCCUCUCCAUCGUUUGAUGUAUUAUUACAAUGAUGAAUGGAAUGAAUUCCCCCAGUAUGUUGUUACGAUUGUGAACAAAGAUUUUCUUGUUAAGAAGUCUGCUGUGGAAGUGGAGGUUGAUGGAAGUAUGAUCUUGCUCGACUUCUUGCGGAUGAUGCUGCUAGACUUCAAAACUGGUCUACAUCAGCCUUUUGGUUGGAUUGAUGUGACCGGAAAAUGUUUCUUCCCUGAAAUAUUUAGCCACUAUGAACCAGAUGAUGCUCAAUACCAUCACAACCUAGGAUCUGAAGGUCACAGUCAUUUGGGAGGUGAGACUCCAAAACCUAAUUAUGUCAACUUGAAUUUGGAGAUUGAAAUACGAAGAUCAGAUGAAGAAUCUAGUGGGGACUUUUCCCCUAUUGUCGUGAACGUACAAGCUCAUCAGAAUGCUGCACUAGAAGAUGUUGAUGAAGUGAACAGUUGUUCCAAAAUUGUGAAUGUAGACAUUGGUGAGGAGUGUGGGGACAAUCAACAAAUGGCAGGAAACAUGGUUCUCUCCGUUAAGCCUGUAAAUCGGUCUUUGAGUUCUCAUGCUGUGAUGGAGUUAUUAUGUAAAGCUUUUAGCUCAUGUUCUGCAGAAGUCGUUGAGAUACUUCCAUGCAAGAGCACUGUAAUGGAAAGUCGGUUGGAACUUUUUGAGAAGCAGGUUGAAAUUACUCAAAGGCACCGUGGAGAUGCAAAUGUCCAAUAUGCAUGGCUUCCGUGUUCAAGCAGAAUGGUCUCGACUGUACUGAAGUAUGGGAUCGGGCACUAUAACCAUUUGAAAAUCAAUGCCUCACAUGGUAAUGGAAUACAUCUGAUCCCUGCAAACGGCACCCAGAUCAGUAUCAGUUCUUUUGAUGUUGACAAAAAUGAGACGCGGCAUAUGGUAUUGUGUCGUGUUAUAAUGGGGAAUAUGGAGCUUGUUCGCUGUGACUCAAAACAGUUCUAUCCCAGUUGUGAGGACUUUGAUAGCGGUGUUGACAGACUUCAAACUCCAAACAUUUAUGUUGUAUGGAGCAUGAAUACGAACUCUCAUAUAUAUCCGGAAUGUAUUGUUAGUUUCAAAACAUCUGAUCUUGCAGAUCCUUUGUGUGUGCAGCAAAACGAGGUUUGUAUUUCCCGGUUCAGUUGUUUUGAAGGACCUCAAACCCAGAUUGUAGGUGAAACUGUUCGAUCAAGGGCACCCAAGAGCCCAUGCGUGCCUUUUCCUAUGCUAUUUACUGCCAUUGCCGACAAGGUCACUUCUGAAAGAAUGAACCUUGUGAGAACCAACUAUACGUUGUUGAAGAAUAAGAAGAUGAGUAGAGAUGCAUUUGUUAAGAAGCUGAGGCUGAUUGUUGGGGAUAAUGUACUGAAGUCAGCAAUAACUACUCUUCAGUGCGAGGUGUUACCAACCUCGAAUGCUGAAAAGCUACUUGCACCUGAAGCAAGUCAGUUUUAAAAUUGGGCAAAUGUUCUAGUAAACUGUUUAUGAACCUGCUAAGUGCCAACGAUGAUUGGGUACACUUUGUUUGUUUUGCUUUAACCUGAUAAUUACCUUGUGAUCUGUUGUGUUUGUUUUAAGGGUGAUAAAUAUGGACUUGUGCCAUUGAUCUGAUGGUUAUAGACAUGCCUUGUUUUCUUGAAUAUGGUUGAUUAGUUGACUUACUACAUAUGGGUUAAAAUGGCUGAAGUUGUCUGGAAUAUCUUGCAAUAGAAUCGGUUAUUACGGUUAAAGAUUAAAUUUGGAACUGUUGUUUCUUACAUAAACUUUUGGAGGUCUUAUGUCGGUUUUAGCAGGUUACCUUGGUUAAAUUUUGAAUAGAAAAUUGUAGUUUUAUCAUAAUUUAUUGCGUGAGGUCUACCUAAUGAUCGUUAGGCAUGUCGAC